GAGAAACCCGACUCUUACGUUGGACAAAGCAAAGAUAGGGAAGAUUAUGAGAGCGUGUAUCAUACUACACAACAUGAUAGUCGAAGAUGAACGGGAUGGAUACAUUCGUUAUGAUAUAUCUGAAUUUGAAGAAGGUGACGUCAUGAGAAGUUCACAGGUGGAAACCGAGAUUCCUACAAUUCUCAAUAAUAUUUUUCCCACUCGGAAUGAUGUUCGAGAUAGGAGAAUACAUGACCAUCUGAAAAAUGAUUUAAUCGAGCAUAUUUGGAACAAAUUUGGGGACGAGGAUUAAAAAUCCUUCUAUCUUUAUGUUUAAUUAUUGUAUUUUUUUUUUAAUUCCUUGAUUAUGUUAAAUUAUUGUAUCUUUAUGUUUAAUUAAUGUAUCUUUAUGUUUAAUUAGUGUUUCUUGAUUUCUUUAUAUUUAUCAUUGUAUCUUUUUUUUUCAUGCAAUUAAUAAAAUAAAAAUUACUAUUAAAUUGUUUUGUGGGAAAUUGUUUCUUUUAUUUCAGGACGAACAGGGGCAAUGUCUUCUUUCUCAUUUGACUACUGUUUUUUGGCUGAGGUCACUGCUUCUAAUCUAAAAGAAGACAAACUUUAUCUUCCUGUGGGAGCUACGAGUUCUACUGCUUUGCACAAACAAUGCAAAGAGACGAUACUGGUGAACAAAGAGGGAAAUUCAUGGAAUGUGAGUUUGCGAUUUAGCGAAUCAGCCGGCAAGUAUUACAUCACAAGAGGCUGGAGAAAGUUCUGUCUCGAUAACAGAUGCGAGAUAGGAGACUUAUUUGCAUUCAAUGUGGUUGGAGAUGGGAAAACUACUCCAUUGAUGUGUGUAUGUCCGGAAAGAAAAGAGUGCUCUGAAAUACUGAGCAAAUACUUGAGCAGAACGAGUGGUGAGUCUUCAUUAGGUGGUCAUUCAUGAUCAUGUUGGAUUUUAAUAUUCAAUCAUCUUAUAAACUCUUAUGUGUAAUCUUUAUAUUUAAUCAUGUUUUUAUUUAGGAA